GUUCCUUCUCGAUCUGAUGAGCCACGAAAGGAAAAAGUCGCCACCGCGAUGCCCAUGUCGGCGUGAAUCCUGGCAAAAAGUAAGACAUUUGUGUCUCUCUGUGAAAAAUUAGGCUCCACCAGGACUGACAUCGAGCAUGAGCUCUCGUCAACAUACUCAGAUUACAUCGACGACUACAUCAAUCUUCAUCUCUCUACGAUCAGUAUCAGGACGUAGACGUAUCGAGUCAUUUCUCCACCACCCUCGCAUUUUUCAUUUCGUUAUUUUCUCUCUCUUUUCUUUUGUCCCCGUCCCCGACGAGUUAUAUAAUUGAAGUUGUCUUUAAUUUAUGGCCCGAUCUGAUGCGGGGCCACACCAAGAAUGUCGGAAAUACAAAUACGCCAAAAAAUGGAGACGAGAAGGGCAAAAGCGCAACCGCUGUUGACGACUGCGUGUCGUCCAAUGUGGCAAUUAUCGGGGGUGGCAUUUCGGGGCUAGCGCUGGCACACAGGCUGAGUGGCGCAGGCAUCAAGUGCGCCGUUUUCGACACGGGCAAGGUCUACCCCGGCGGGCGGUGCAGUUCUCGAGUUUUCGACAAUUCCGCCGUCGCUGUCGAUCAUGCGUGUCAGGUCUUCCGCGGGUUCACCGAAGGAGAAGCCCAGGAACUCCUGGACGCCGGGAUUGUGCGGCGGGUCGAUCCGAAAACAGAAGUUCUCAACCUGGAGUAUUGCCUCGGCCAGAAUCAGAAAAAAGAAGGAAAACAGUUUCGAACGCGCACAGUCACAGAGGGCGGAAAUUAUAACGCAGCUGUAGAAGGAAACAAGGCAGACAAUAGCAAUAGGCUAGCUGACAUCAAAGAGGACGUGUUACUUCUGCCAACAAGUGCCAGGUCCGCCGCAGCGACUGCCACAAACAUAUCAUCCGAUGAGACAAGGAAAAAUCCGAAAACGGUUCGUGCUGAGGCUGGUGGUGGUGCGAUCGCUCACGCAGGCGUCGCUGCACUGCCGCAGUAUCUAGUGAAUUCUUGUCCUCGAUACCCCCUGCACUUGAAGACAUGGAUUUCCGAAAUUUACUUCGCGAAAGACCAUUGGCUGCUUAAGGAGAACCAAACGUGGCGAAAGGAGAAGUACACGCAUUUGGUGAUUGCGCACUGCGGCAAAUGUGCCACCAGACUCAUCGACACGGCUUGGAUCCGGCACUCCCAGAUUGCGUCUAAAUAUCUCAAAUGCCGAUUCGUCAGCGGCGACGAGGCUUCGGACGCGAGAAGAAAGAGCCAGGAGGAGGAGAUGAAAUCGGAGACAGUGAAAGAAAAAGAUAACUUAAGCUUUGACUUUGACCCCGCGAUACGAGGCAGCAACAAAGGAAAAGGUAAAGGUAAGGCUGCGGAGCCGUAUCGUCCGAGCAGCAACAAACUGGACAUCUUAUCGCAGUUCUCAAUCGUGCUGGAAACGAAUCUUGGUGCUGGUGUCGGGACGACCCUUCCUGCACCGCAGGGCGCUUCAUCUUCGCCCUGGCUUUUCAACAUUGAAAACCAUCCCGUUCUGAAAACUGUGGCUAACAACAGCCGAAAGUAUGGCCAGAAAAAAGAUCUUCAUGACCACAUCAAGCUGACGGGGAAAGAAAGCACCCAAUUUUGGACAAUUCUGACAACGCCUGAAUUUGCGAGCAAGCAUAAGUGCCCACAAGAAAACAUUCCGAAUGACGUUUUUGAGACUGUCACGACUGCGGUAUGCAGAGCAUUUCGCGAAUUUUGCACAAACCUUCCAGACGCUGUCGCUAUAAGCUUUGGCUUCGGUAGCAGCACCGUCGCAGAUAAAAACGUCGAUUUUGAUGUGAAGGUCCGCCACCUGCAGCUGUGGGGCGCAGCACUUCCCGCGAAUCAGCUGCCGGUCACGACAAGCGACUCAGGAGCGACCGGAGGCUUCUUGUAUGAGGCUGAGCACAGGCUAGGCGUCGUGGGCGACUGGCUGUGCGGCAACAACAUAGGUGCGGCCUUUCGGUCAGGUAGGGCUUUCGCCGACGCGCUGGUCGCGACGCAUGUCGGAGGUGCAGAUUUGCUUACAACCGCGAACCUCUCGGCAGACAACGGGAAGGGGGUGCCUUUCGUUAGUUGCAGCAGCAGAAGUGAGGAUGACGGAAAAGCGCGGAAAAACGUUGCUGCUAUUUCAUCUAGCGCGGACCUCCGCAAGGAACUGAACAAACCCACGGCUCUUCGCGCCGAAGACGAUAUUGUCACUGAGCAGGCCCGCGCAGACGGUGCGGACGAGAAGGAAAAAAAGCCCCGCACGCGGGGCAGGGGGCGUUGGAACAAGGGUAAGGCACCGGCAAACGCCAACUGUGAAGAUGCUGAAACCGAGGAGAUAGACGCAGCGGCCGCGACGAAGCACGCUUCCAGCCCAGGCGAUCUUCAGAGCGGCAAGAAAGAAAACAGCACCGCCCAGCCACCUCGGCCGAAUUCCAAGACGAAGUCGGACGUGCUCCUGUCCUCGGCCUCCAGCACCACGACGACGAGGCCCAACACCGACUGGAAAUGGGCGAUCCGGCACCGUAUCUGGGACUACCUUGAGAAACACAAUCUCGCCGAAUUUCCGCGCCCCGUGCACCACCGGAUUCCCAACUUCAAGAACGCCGCCGGCGCCGCGGAGCAAAUUCUGAACAUUCCAGAAUUCAUCGCCGCCACUGUCGUUAAGGUGAACCCGGACACACCACAGAAGCAGAUCCGGUUCAACACGCUGAAGCAGAACAAGACCCUGCUGGUCCCGCAGCCGCGGUUGCUGAAGGGCUUUUUCAGCAAGAUCACGCCCGCGAUUCUCGAAACGUGGCGUCGGGAAAACGAAAACUCGUUGAGCCAGGCGCUCGCCUACGUGUCUACAAGCGGCGGCGCGAACGCGAUCGGGAAGCGGCUGGACUUUGACGAAAUCAGCCUGAAGGUGGAUUUGGUGGUCAUCGGCAGCGUCGCGGUAAACCCGGAGAACGGCGCGCGGAUAGGCAAAGGCGAGGGCUUCGCGGAGAUCGAGUACGGCGUGCUGCGAAUGAUGGGCCAGAUCGACGAGAACACGCCGGUCCUGACCCACGUCCACGAUUGCCAACUCUGCACGGACAUACCACCUCCGCCAGGAAAGAAACAGACGGAUGACAGCGCGGCCGGCGACGAGGGACGAGUGGGAGAACAUGCUGAAAACGCUUUAUUACCGGAAAAAUCAGCAUCGUGUCAAGGAGCCAGCGUGCCGGGCUCACAAGAACCAUACUUGCUUCCCCACGACGUUUGUGUGGACAUCAUUCUCACGCCGACAAAAGUGAUCCGCAUUCCCCGGGAGAAAAAGGCAAAGCCACAACCUACCGGCAUCUACUGGGAUCUCCUGUCGAAGCAAAAGCUUGAGCAGGUGAAGGUUUUGCGAGACCUCAAGCAGUACGUGCAGAGCCGGUUGGGCCCGGGCGAAACACUACCCGUCGGGCCGGACGAGGUAUUACCGCCCACGGCAAUUCGCGGGCAGUUUGGGGGAGGUGGAGGGAAGAAGGGGAAGGGGAAGAAGAAAUGAUAGGUGAGCAAGAUGAACUACUUGCACAUACAUCGCAAAAGCAAUCUGUGUUAAACAACUACGUCGCGAGUAAUGCCAAGCGAAUGAGAUGAGCGCUUCUCUUCAUGUUCACCAGACAAAGGACGGCCUUGAUUCGAAUAUGAGUUCGAGUAGUCGAAGACUUCCCGCUCCCGAGCUGGAACUGUUGUUUCUAGAUGAGAGCAGC